AUGGGGUGCGUUCAGGGCAAGUACACUUCGACCUACUCACCGCCUCAGGGACUAGAGAAGCUGAAACAAGAACAUGGUUACGUUAGGAGAGGGAAUGAAGUGCGGAGAUUGUCAGGGAAAAGUAGUAAUAGAAUUAUGGUGGCUAGACGUGAAGGGAAAGAUAAAAAUGUUGGUAUGGUUAAUGGGGCUGAUGGAGGUGGCGAAAAGGCGGUUACUAGGGAAGGGGAGAUGGCUAGGAAUAAUGGUGCUAAUGGAAAUGUUUCGCAAAGAAAUGUGUCAAACAAGAUCGGAGGUGAUGAGCUUGUUGAUGGGUGGCCUAAGUGGCUGGUUGAUAAUAUUCCUAGAGAGGUUUUGGCUGGUUUGGUUCCAAGGAGUGCUGAUGCCUAUGACAAACUUGCCAAGGUGGGGCAAGGAACCUAUAGCAAUGUGUACAAAGCUCGAGACAGGGACACCGGAAAGAUUGUCGCUUUGAAGAAGGUCCGUUUCAACACUUCAGAGCCUGAGAGUGUCAAAUUUAUGGCAAGAGAGAUUAUGAUACUGCAGAAGCUAAAUCAUCCGAAUAUAAUCAGCCUUGAAGGGCUAGCCACUUCAAGGAUGCAGUACAGUCUUUAUCUGGUUUUCGAUUUCAUGCAGUCAGACUUAACCAAAGUUAUCUCCCGUCCAGGCGAGAGGCUCACUGAACCCAAGAUCAAGUGUUAUAUGCAACAGCUGCUUUCAGGUCUCCAGCAUUGUCAUGAAAGAGGAAUCUUGCACCGAGACAUUAAGGGUUCCAACCUGUUGAUUGACAGGAAUGGGGUGCUAAAAAUUGCAGAUUUUGGCCUUUCCAAUUCUUUUAUUCCUAAACCAAAACGCCCCCUUACUAGCCGGGUUGUAACACUUUGGUACAGAGCUCCAGAGCUACUAUUAGGUUCUACAGACUAUGGUGUUGGGAUUGAUCUCUGGAGUGCAGGAUGCCUGUUAGCUGAGAUGUUUGUUGGAAGGCCAAUUAUGCCUGGGAGGACAGAGGUUGAGCAGCUUCAUCGAAUUUUUAAGCUUUGUGGCUCACCCUCAGAGGACUAUUGGAAAAAGAUGAAGCUACCAGCAAGCUUCCGGCCUCCGCAGCAUUACAAGCCUGGAUAUCAAGAAGCAUUUGGAGACUUCCCUGGUACUUCAUUUGGUCUCCUGACAGUGCUUCUUGCUCUGGACCCAUUACAUCGUGGCACUGCUGCUUCUGCUCUUCAAAGUGAAUUCUUCUCUACAAGUCCAUUGGCAUGUGACCUUUCUGGUCUACCAGUAAUAUACAAAGAGGAGGAUGAGCCAUAUAAAACCAAAAAUCGGAAGAAGCGCAUAACUUCGAAAGCAACGCAAUCUUCUAGAAAGAAACAUGGAGGUCAUGAGACAAAGGACCUAAUGAGAGAACCAAAGAAAGAUGAUACUGAAUCUUCCAGAGAGGAGAAGCCAAAUGUGUAUGAAGCAUGUACUAGUGCAAGCAGCACUUCUUCUAGUGUGAAGCCAAUCAAGGAUGAAGAGAACCUACGUCGAUCGCUUUCUCCUAUUCUGCGUUCCAAGUCAGAAAUAGGUCCGAGGACUGAUGGUCAUCCUAAUGCUACUCAGAACAUUCAGAAUUUCACUCUUUUGCAAGCUUCUAUAACAGAUAUCAUGAACAACAAACUUGGCAACCCUCAAUACCGCAGGUCUAUCUCUACAUUGGAUUCCCGAACACUUGAUCCAGGGAAGAUAUCAAAACUCUUUGGUGUGGAAUAA